ACCAGUGCUUUUGUUACCGGAUUGGGAUCCUUGUUUACCACCAACCCAACCCACUUCUACGCACAUAAAUCUCAAGUACCAAACCCACUGCAUGUUCUGGUAACUGGUGGUAAGCCUCCUCGACAGCUGCUCUAGGUCACUUACUGGUUCUUUUAUCUAUAUUUUGUUUCGGUUCUUGAGAGAUAUAGCGAGUAACCACAACCUUGCACACUAGAAACUUGUGCAUCAACAUCACUCUUUGAGCAACGACACACCACAGCCGAUUAAGUUUUUUGCAAGUGGGUUUUCUCUAUAAUCUCCAAAUUCAUUUCUAUUCCUCUGUGGGUUUCUUUGUUUGGUUCAGUCAUGACCUCCUCAGUGUUCAAUGGAGCUGAAAACCUCGCUCUAAUAAGAGGCAUAACCCCUAAAGGGUUAGGCUUUUUGGGGUCAGAUUUGCAAGGGAGGCACUUUUCUAAAGUGAGUUUAAUCUCUAGCACUAGAAUCUCAAAGGCAAGAACUUUAACACCCAAGUGCAGUUUAUCAGCCCCUAGGCCAGCUUCACAGCCUAGGUUUAUCCAACACAAGAAAGAGGCUUUUUGGUUCUAUAGGUUUCUUUCAAUUGUGUAUGACCAUGUCAUAAACCCUGGGCACUGGACCGAGGACAUGAGAGAUGAGGCACUUGAGCCUGCUGAUCUCAGUGACAGGAAUACGAUAGUGGUGGAUGUUGGUGGCGGCACUGGUUUCACCACUUUGGGUAUAGUUAAGCAUGUGGACGCCAAAAAUGUAACCAUCCUUGAUCAAUCUCCGCACCAGCUUGCAAAGGCCAAGCAGAAAGAGCCUUUGAAGGAUUGUAAGAUUGUUGAGGGCGAUGCCGAGGAUCUACCAUUUCCUACCGAUUAUGCUGAUAGAUAUGUGUCUGCUGGGAGUAUUGAGUACUGGCCUGAUCCCCAGCGUGGCAUCAAGGAAGCGUACAGGGUUUUGAAGCUAGAAGGUAAAGCCUGCUUAAUUGGUCCAGUGCACCCAACAUUCUGGUUGUCUCGCUUCUUUGCUGAUGUCUGGAUGCUCUUCCCUAAGGAGGAAGAGUACAUUGAGUGGUUCCAGAAGGCUGGGUUUAAGGAUGUUCAACUAAAGAGGAUUGGUCCAAAGUGGUAUCGUGGUGUUCGUAGGCACGGGCUGAUCAUGGGAUGUUCUGUAACAGGUGUUAAACCUGCAUCUGGAGAUUCUCCUUUGCAGCUUGGCCCAGAGGCAGAGGAUGUGUCAAAGCCAGCGAACCCGUUCGUCUUCUUUCUGCGCUUCAUUUUGGGUGUCAUGGCAGCAACGUACUAUGUGUUGGUUCCCAUAUAUAUGUGGCUCAAAGAUCAGAUUGUACCCAAAGGUAGACCAAUCUAAGAGAGAGGUUAGAGCUGCUUGUAGUCCUUGAGUUUCAUGCAUUCCCCUGUUUUGUUUUUCUAAUCACAAUGCUUAACUCAUAGGCAUGCUGUUAUAUCCAACCCUAGGUGGGUUUUAAACUCGAGUUGUUUAUUUAAAAUCUCCUAAAAUUAUUCGUGGCA